AUGAGACUGGUGCAGCGCGCUCUCCCGGCUUUGGCGUUGUCUCUCAGGCCUCUUCUCAGUUCUUGUGCACAGCGACAAAACAAUGACCAGAACUUGGAAGAGGGCACGUGUCAAACUGAACAGAAUUCAGAUCCUCCCUCUACAAAGAAGAUCCUCCUGGAAGAGGUCAAGUUAGAAGAGCAGCUGAAAGUGACGAUGGAAAAAUAUCAACGAGCUUUGGCAGAUACUGAGAACUUGCGGCAGAGGAGCCAACAAUUGGUGGAGGAGGCAAAAUUAUCUGUCAUUCAGGGCUUCUGCAAGGACUUGUUGGAGGUUGCAGACAUUUUGGAGAAGGCAACACAGUGUGUUUCGAAAGAAGAGAUUGAAGACUAUAAUCCUCACCUGAAGAACCUCUAUGAGGGGCUCGUAAUGACUCAAGUCCAGAUUCAGAAGGUGUUCACAAAGCAUGGCUUACUCAAGUUGAACCCUGUUGGAGCCAAGUUUGAACCUUACGAACAUGAGGCCUUGUUCCACAUGCCAGGUGAGGGGAAGGAGUGA